CCUGGAGCACAUACUGUCGUCCUGUCCUGCAUUUCUGCCUCAUCCUGUGGACAACUUCUCUCUAGCCUGACAAAAUGUGUGACCAGUUUGUGGGCACCUGGAAGCUCCUUUCUAGUGAAAACUUUGAGGACUAUAUGAAAGAGCUGGGUGUGGGGUUUGCUACCAGGAAAAUGGCUGGUGUGGCCAAGCCCAAUGUGACCAUCAGCAUCAAUGGGGAUGUGAUCACCAUCAAAACAGAAAGUACCUUCAAAAAUACAGAGGUCUCUUUCAAGCUGGGUGAAGAGUUUGACGAGACCACAGCAGAUGACAGAAAAACAAAGAACGUCAUAACCUUAGACAGUGGCAUAUUGACCCAGGUGCAGAAGUGGGAUGGAAAAGAAACUACCAUAAAGAGAAAAGUGGUGGAUGGGAACCUGGUGGUGGAAUGCGUCAUGAAUAAUGUUACGUGCAAAAGAGUGUAUGAAAAAGCAUGAAGAAGCCAUCUUCACAUAGGACUAACGCUUAAAGCUGGAGAAAAGCAACUUAACUUAACCAAAGGAGAAAAACUCCACAAAUCAAUUUUAAAGAGAACUGUGCUUUUUAUAGAUAUAUCCCCAAAGCAUGACACACAGCUGGUUUAAUUUGUUGUGGCUAUUCAAUAAAAUGUUCUGCUUUCUACAA